AUGGAAGAGACUGAGCGAACAGCAAUUCAUUGGCCGACUGAAUUUGAACCAAAUCGAUGUGCAGUACAUGUUAGAAAUGAACUCGAAAUAGCAGCACCGGCAUCACAUGUUUGGUCAUGGCUUGUACAUGCUCGCAUUUGGCCAACUUAUUAUAAUAACUCGCAUAAUGUUAAUUUUAUUACUGAUACAGAAUCAGCAACACUUCGAGAAAAUACUCGUUUUACAUGGCGUACAUUUGGUGUGAAUUUAGUAUCUCAAGUCCGAGAAUAUGUUGAAGGUAAAAGGAUUGCUUGGGAUGCACGUGGUCUGUUGGGUCUAUAUGUGUAUCAUGCAUGGUUAAUUAUCCCACGAGAUGAACACAGUUGCUUUGUGAUUACAGAAGAGACUCAACGUGGAUUACCUGCACGAGUAAGUAAAUUGUUUUUUCCUCAUCGAAUGUGUAUUCAACAUCAACAUUGGCUUGAACAACUUCAACGUAUGGCUAAACAAGGAUUACCGACAAAAAAUUAA